CUCCGGUCCGCUCAGUCGCUGCGUGAACGGGGAUGAGAGACCAGAGAAUGUUGAUGUUCAAAGAGAGACAACCAGUUGCACGCCAGCUGUCACACCAAAAGUCUACCCACGCAUUACGGCGGAGCGUACUCGACCUGUUGCCUCGGAGGGAAAAAGUAGGGUACAUCGACAGGAACCAAAAAUAACAUUCGUUUGGGGCUGUCAUGCAUUGUAGUAGCCUGGUAUUCACCUAGGCUACGGUCUCCAUAGCAGUGGAAGAUAGUUUUAUUUUAUUUUUUUUAAGGAAUUGCUUUAUAGUCUCGAGGUGCGGUUUUUGUGUUUCCCUUCAGGUUUUUUUUUUUAUUGCUCUUUCAACGCCGAAGAAAGGGGACAAUGGUUGAGCUGGAGAAGGAGGUGCUGCCGUUGCCGCCUCGGUACCGGUUCCGAGACCUGUUGCUUGGAGACUGGCAAUCCGACGAUAGGGUGCAGGUAGAGUUCUAUGUGAAUGAGAACACAUUCAAGGAGCGCCUCAAACUCUUCUUCAUCAAAAACCAAAGAUCCAGUCUGCGGGUGCGAAUGUUUAACUUCUCUCUGAAAGUGCUGAGCUGUCUGCUGUACAUUGUCAGAGUGCUGCUGGAUAACCCUCAGGAGGAGCAACGGGACUGUGUGGGCGGCGUUAACUGCACCAAGCAGAACACAACCUCCCGUCCCUGGAGCGAGUUUGACUGGAAGUUGAUCAUCUGGGUGGACAGACCUCUGCCCCUCUGGGCACUGCAGGUGCUGGUGGUGUUCAUCAGCUUCUCAGAGACCAUGCUGUUGGUGUAUCUCUGCUACAAGGGUAACAUUUGGGAGCAGGUGCUCCGAGUGGCCUUCAUCCUGGAGAUGAUCAGCGCCGUUCCCUUCAUGAUCACUGUGAUUGUGCCUUCCUUCAGGAACCUCUUCAUCCCCGUGUUUCUCAACUGUUGGCUGGCUAAACACGCCCUCGAGAACAUGAUAAAUGAUCUCCACAGGGCGAUCCAGCGGACGCACUCAGCCAUGUUCAACCAGGUGGUGAUUCUCAUCAGCACGCUGGUCUGCCUCAUGUUCACUUGUAUCUGUGGUAUACAGCACCUGGAGAGGGCGGGGAACAAGCUGACGCUGUUCGACUCCCUGUACUUCUGCGUGGUGACCUUCUCCACGGUGGGCUUCGGGGACGUCACACCCCAGAUAUGGCCCUCCCAGCUGCUGGUCGUCAUCAUGAUCUUCGUGGCGCUCAUCGUGCUUCCCAUCCAGUUCGAGCAGCUGGCCUUCCUGUGGAUGGAGCGGCAGAAGUCGGGGGGCAACUACAGCCGCUACCGCGCCCAGACGGAGAAGCACGUGGUGCUGUGCGUCAGCUGCCUCAAGAUCGACCUCCUCAUGGACUUCCUGAACGAGUUCUUCGCCCAUCCACGCCUCCAGGACUACUAUGUGGUGAUCCUGUGUCCAGCAGAGAUGGACGUCCAGGUACGGAGGGUGCUACAUGUGCCGCUGUGGGCCCAGAGAGUGAUCUACCUCCAGGGCUCGGCCCUCAAGGACCAGGACCUGAUGAGGGCCAAGAUGGACGAUGCCGAGGCCUGCUUCAUCCUCAGCAACCGUUUUGAGGUGGACCGCUUCGCUGCUGAUCACCAGACCAUCUUGCGAGCCUGGGCGGUGAAGGAUUUCGCCCCAAAUUGCCCGCUGUAUGUUCAGAUCCUGAAACCAGAGAACAAGUUCCACGUCAAAUUUGCAGACCAUGUGGUCUGUGAAGAGGAGUUUAAGUACGCCAUGCUGGCUCUGAACUGUGUGUGCCCCGCGACCUCCACGCUCAUCACCCUGCUCAUCCACUCCUCCAGAGGACAGGAGGGGCGGGGCUGCUCGGCCGACCAAUGGCAGCGCACCUACCGCCGCUGCUCGGCCAAUGAGGUGCACCACAUCCGCCUGGAGGAGAGCAAGUUCUUCGGGGAGUACCAAGGGAAGAGCUUCACCUUCGCCUCGUUCCACGCUCAUAAAAAGUACGGGGUGUGUCUGAUCGGCGUGCGACGGCUGGACACCACCAACAUCCUGCUGAACCCGGGCCCCUGCCACAUCAUGGGGACCUCGGACACCUGCUUCUACAUCAACAUCUCCAAGGAGGAGAACUCGGCCUUCGUCAGGGGCCAGAAGGAGCCCUCAAGGGGGGGUGGUCCGGGGGGCAACGGCAGGGGCGGCGUGCCCCCCACCAUCUACCACGGCCUGACCCGCCUGCCCGUCCACAGCAUCAUCGCCAGCAUGGGCACGGUGGCCAUCGACCUGCAGGACUCCAGCGACAGCAGCCCCGAGGGCCAGGAGGCGGGGCUUAUGGGUCUGCGGGGGGGGCGGGGCAACAGGCGGGGCUCCAGGGCCGAGGCGGGGGCCGUCAACACCCUGUCCCUGCCGGCCAUGGGGGACGCGGCCGAGGAGCGGCGGCACAGCAUCGCGCCCGUCCUGGAGCUGGUGGACGGGGUCGACCAGCCGACCUUUGACCUGCUGGGGGACCAGUCGGAGGACGAGGGCGAGGGGGAGGACAAGGAGGACAGCGACCGGGACGAGGAGCGGGCCAACUGGUGGGGGGGGCACUGCGAGUGGGUGAAGGGCUACCCGCUGAACUCUCCGUACAUCGGGAGUUCCCCUGCACUGUGCCACCUUCUGCAGGAGAAGAUGCCUUUCUGCUGCCUGCGCAUGGACAAGGCCUGCCACCACGUUCCCUUCGAGGACGCUCGCUCCUACGGCUUCAAGAACAAGCUGAUCAUCGUGUCGGCCGAGAGCGCGGGCAACGGCCUGUACAACUUCAUCGUACCUCUGAGGGCGUACUACCGGCCCCGCAAGGAGCUCAACCCCAUCGUGCUGCUGCUGGAGAGCGUACCCGAAGCUGACUUCCUGGAGGCUAUCUGCUGGUUCCCCAUGGUGUUCUACACUGUGGGCUCCAUCGACAAUUUGGACAGCUUGCUGCGCUGUGGGGUGACCUUCGCAGACACCAUGGUGGUGGUGGACAAGGAGAGCUCCAUGAUCGCCGAGGAGGACUACAUGGCCGACGCUAAGACCAUCGUCAACGUGCAGACCCUCUUCAGGCUGUUCCCAGCUCUGAGCAUCAUCACCGAGCUCACCCACCCAGCCAACAUGCGCUUCAUGCAGUUUAAAGUGAAGGACCACUACUCCCUGGCCCUGUCCAAGCUGGAGAAGAAGGAGAGAGAAAAGGGAUCCAACCUGGUGUUCAUGUUCCGGCUGCCCUUCGCAGCAGGGAAGGUUUUCAGCGUCAGCAUGCUGGACACUCUGCUCUACCAGUCUUUUGUGAAGGACUACAUGAUCUCCAUCACCAGACUGCUACUGGGCCUUGACUCCAUGCCUGGCUCAGGCUUCCUCUGUGCUAUGAAGAUCUCGGAGGACGACCUGUGGAUCCGCACGUACGGCCGGCUAUACCAGAAGCUGUGUUCGUCCACAGGGGACAUCCCCAUAGGGAUAUACCGCACAGAGGCACAGAAGCUCCCCGUCUCGGAGUCCCAGGUCUCCAUCACGGUGGAGGACUACGAGGACACGCGGGAGCCCCGAGAGCCCCUGCUGUCCCGGUCGGGCCCCCACCGCAAUUCCACCUCCUCGGAGCCCGUCUCCUCGGCCCACUCCUCGGACCACCCGCUCCUCCGGAGGAAGAGCAUGCAGUGGGCGCGCCGGCUGAGCAGGAAGGGGGGCCGGGGGCCCGGCGGGGCCAAGGGCGGGGGCCCCGGCAGCGCGGCCGAGCGGAUCAGCCAGCAGAGGCUCACCCUGUUCAGACGCUCCGAGAGGCAGGAGCUCAACGCCCUGGUGAGGACCCGCAUGAAGCACCUGGGCCUCUCGCCGACCGGCUUCAAUGGCAUGACGGACCAAGGGAACAGACUGUCCUACAUCCUCAUCAACCCCUCCCCUGACGCCAGGCUAGAGCUGCACGACGUGGUGUACCUGAUCAGACCGGACCCCCUGUCCCUCGUACCCAAUCAGGGGAACAGCAGGAAGUGCAACGCGGGGCGCAGCGACAGCCACAGGUUCGACACACACGACAGCACUCACCUGUGAGCGAGGAGGAGGAGAGCCGGCGAGAGAGCGAGAGAGGAAGACACAGAGAGAGAGAGAGAGAGAGAGAGAGCGAGAGAGAGAGAGAGAGAGAGAGAGAGACAUUCUCCUCGUUGUUCCUGGAGAACUCAGGAGGAGCUGCAUCUGCAUGGAACUUUUGGAUUUGUAUUUAUUUAUUUAUUAUCUCCAAACCAGGAUGCACCAGGAUAUUUAUUUUUCUUGGGGGUUCAUGCACUUUUUUUAUGUUCAAAGGGGAAAAGCUGGGACACAGAAGGGCUUCUCACUGAACAUGUAUUUAUUUACAUCCGUGCAAAUUUGCAUGUGUUGUACCGCAUCGUGGGCGUGGGUGGAGUCUGUGCGUCUGACAAGCAUGUUUGUGUGUGUGUGUGUGUGUGUGUGUGUGUGUGUGUGUGUGUGUGUGUGUGUGUGUGUGUGUGUGUGUGUGUGUGUGUGUGUGUGCGUCAGAGUGAAUGUCAAUGUGCGUGUGAGUUCCUUUAUAAAGGGAAGCUCAACACUGCCAAUCCUCUCUGGACAGCUAUCCCUACACGAAUGCUAUGUGGGGCAAAUGAGAGACGUAUUAUUUGUCUUUCUUGUUAAUGUUGUUAUAUGAUGUGUUUAAAAAAAUGUCCUUUACUGUGCAAAUCGUGUAGACCUAUUUGUUUUAUUUAUUUAGCCUUUUCUUCCUUGCGUUUUUACAUGCUGCCUCGAGCAGUAAAACCACUAAGGUUAAUCGAAUCACUCGAGACGGUUAGGCAUUUCAAAGAGUAGCAGUCAUAGCAACUGUCAAAACAUGGCCGCUAGCAGCUAGCAUAGUUAGCCAUCGUGAACACUGACCUUACCUGACCGACGCCGGUCAGCUCAAUAAAAAAAGCCUCUUUGAAUAAGAAGCAUAUUGAUCUUUGUUUGCCUGUUCCUCCAGAACCCCCCUAGUGUUUUGUGUGUACCUUCUCAAUGCCAGCUUAUCCUUAACUCACCAGCUAUCCUGUAGUCGCCCUGCAUGUUGGGGAGAAUGUACACACAUGUACGUGUGUAGACCUUAAAGGAGUCGCCGGCCUUUCUGGCGGGGUGUAGCGGAGGAAUGUCGCGGCCCUCAUGGGGUGGAGGUACCUGCAAAAACUGGCUUCCUUCCCUACCCCAACUCCCACCAGUACCAUUGCUGCUGCUGCUGUAUUUACGCCAUUUCCAAUGAGAUGAAAAUAUUGUACAUAUUAAAAAUCUACCGACACAG